AUGGCGCGACCGCGACCGCGACCGAGGACAUCUACCUUGGAGCGGGAGAGACGCCAUGACAAAGAAUCGCAGCGCCCCCAAGACGACCGGCGAAGCACACGAGAGCGAAGCCCUGUGCCCCAGCGUACCGCGAACCGUGAGGACUCACGUGAAGCCAAGCGCUACAACCAGAGCAAAGAUACCCCCCUCUCCGGCGAUACAGACGAUGCCGAGGCCGACCAGAUGGCGGCCAUGAUGGGAUUUGGGAGCUUUGGAACGAGCAAAGGCAAGCAUGUUGAGGACAAUUCGGAAGGAUUCGCCGAGAUCAAGAAGGAGCAUAGUUGGCGGCAGUACAUGAACCGGCGCGACUUUGUGCAGGUAGGCUUGGCGCUCAUGUUCCUUUUUUUCCCUAUAAUGCUGCAGGAACGUAGCAUGUUCCUCACGCUGGGCGCGGAGCUGAUCUGCGGACAGACGGGUGGGGCCGAGAAUGGCACAGAAGAAAGUCAAGCGAAGCGCGUGAAACUGGAUACGGAGAUGCCACCACCUAGCGAUCCCCGGAUGCCAGUGUUUGACAAGGGCCUAUUUUUGGCGCCUAUGGUCCGCAUUGGGUCGCUCCCCUCGCGUCUACUAGCGCUGGAGUAUGGCGCGGAUCUCGUGUGGUCGCCGGAGAUUGUAGACCGUGCGAUCAUGGGCACGACGCGGCGCGUCAAUGCGUCGACGGGCCUUGUCGAAUACAUGAAGGACGACAAGCAGAUCUUCUCGUGCCACCCGAUCGAGCGCCCCUAUUUGAUAUACCAGGUCGGCAGUUCGACGCCCGAGAAUGCAGCAGAGGCGGUGCGCAUCGUCACGGCACACGACGACGUCGCGGGGGUCGACCUCAACUGCGGCUGCCCGAAACCGUUUUCUACGCUCGGCGGUAUGGGGGCGAAUUUGCUCACGGAGCCGGAUUUGCUGUGCGAGAUUUUGCGGCAAAUGCGUCGUGCCGCGCCGCCGCAUGUGAGUGUGACGUGCAAGAUCCGGCUCCUGCCCACGCAGGUCGAGACGCUGGCCCUCGUUGAGCAGAUCGUGCGGACGCGCACGAUUCGCGCGCUGACGAUCCACUGCCGGACCAAGCCCAUGCGGCCGCGCGAGGCCGCGCUCGUGGACCGAUUCCGUGAGAUUGCAGAGCAUGUAUCGAAGGUGGCCGCUGAAACUGGGCAGAGUGUGCCCGUCAUCUACAAUGGCGACUGUUUCGGGGCGAGCGAUGCACCGCGUCUGCGCGAGCGGACGGGGGCGUCGGCUGUGAUGAUGGCGCGCGCGGCUGAGUUGAAUCCCUCGUGCUUCCAGUUGGAGCGGCAGUGUGUUGCCACGGUCAUUGCACCGCGCUGGAUGCACUAUGCAGUGCGCUUUGACAAUCCCUUUGGGAACACCAAGUACUGUGUGACGCAGCUGGCCUUCUCCACGAUGGCCGGCGCGCGCGAGUCGGGGGGCAAGCGGGUGUCUCCGCUCCCGAAGCGCGAGCUCAUACGGAUACGGACGGAACUGAGCCAGUCGCGCACAGAUGAGGACAUGGCACGCGCGCUGGGCCUGCCAUGGCCCCUGGAUACCUCCGAGGCGCUGGCGUUGCUUCGCCAAGCCUUGGACAGGCGUGUAGAGUCAUAG